AUGACGUCCAGACAAGAUAGCAUUCAAAUUGCGCCUGCUACUCGUUCUCUUAGCGAUGGCGGCGAUGAUUCAGACAAGGAUGUCAAGCUUGGCGUUAUCGAAAUCAACGUCUUGCAAGAGCGGACUAUUGGACUCUUCGGAGCUGUCUCCUUGAUUGUUAAUAAGAUCAUUGGUGCAGGUACCAUCUUCAAGCUUUCAGGUAGUGUAGGGAUGGCAAUGAUGUGUUGGGUGAUCGGGGCAAUCAUUUCGACGUGCGGUAUCUUUGUCAUGCUCGAGUUCGGAAGCGCGAUCCCCAGAUCGGGCGGUAUCAAGAACUACCUUGAGCGAUCUUUCAGUCCACGGAUAAUGCAGACUUGCAUCUAUGUCUUCUACUGCGUCUUCUUGCAGGUUUCCGCAAGUAACGCAAUCACAUUCUCGUCAUAUAUCCUUGUUGCGUCAGGUGCCGAUUCGACAACGUGGAAACUCCGUGGAGUUGCGAUUGCUGGCGCCGUAUUCUCUGUGGGGAUCCAUACGGUUGCGCCUCGAACAGGAAGAGCGAUCCAGGAUUUGCUAUCCGCUGUGAAGCUGUUUACGCUGCUCUUCAUCGUAUGUUGCGGUUUCGCAGCUUUAUCCGGUCAUCUGAGGGUGGAGAGUCCGCACAACUUCACCAAUGCUUUCGAGGGUACUUCUAACAGCGGAUACAACAUCGGGUCCGCUAUCCUCAACGUCAUUUUCUCCUUCCAAGGCUAUGACAAUGUCAAUGCUGUCUUAUCUGAAGUCCGUAAUCCGCAGAAGACUCUGCGGAUCGCGCUUCCUCUCUCCAUGAGCGUCAUCGCAGUACUCUACCUGCUGGCGAACGUCGCAUAUUUUGCCGCCGUGCCCAAAGAGGCUUUUAUUGCGGCAAAGGUUACCGUAGCCGCGACCUUGUUCGAGAACAUCUUUGGACCCUCGGCGGGAGCCAAAGCUCUUCCAGCUUUGGUGGCUCUCUCCGCACUGGGACAUCUCCUAGGUGUUGCAUUUACCAUUCCUCGCCUGCUACAAGAGCUGGCAAAGGAUGGCGUGCUCCCCUUUUCCAACCUCUUCAUGGAGAACAGGCCGUUCCGCACCCCUAUCUACGCCCUGAUUCUACAUCUUGGGGUAACUGUUCUCUUCAUUUGCGCACCGCCAGCUGGAGACGCCUUCAACUUCGUCGUCAGCUUGUCUAGCUACCCGACUACGGUCUUGUUGACAGCUAUCACCAUCGGCUUGGUAAAGUUGCGCUUCACCGACCGGGAGAAUUUCCAGUCGCCGCUCCGGGCACCCUGGAUCCUGAUUAUGGUCUAUCUUGCGGCGAACAUCGUGGGUUCCCCCAUGGACUUGAUUACCGUCAGGGUUGAUUGCUGA